AUACAGCGGACAUUACCAGUUCGAUCUUGGAUGUCGAUUUAUUAUAACUAUGUUGAUUGUUUUUGAUUGACUGUUUGAGCAGUGAAAACUAACUUGAAAUGUAAGUUUAGUAUAUUAUUUUUUAGCACAUUGUCGACGAUUGGUUUCUGCUGGUUAUUUGGAGCAUAUUGUCCACGAUUGAGAUUCGACAUCAUAGAAAUCUUCUUUAGUUAGUUCAAAAAUUUUCGUACAGGGUUACACGUGAACAUUGACGAGCGGACAAAAACCAGAACAUUUUGUACUAUACAAACCUUUUUCAACCCGGAGUAAACAACUCGAACGGAAAUUAGAACUCGAUCACCCUAAUUCUGGAAUAAAAUUUCAAAAAACCACCCCGAUUAUUUAUAAUCAUGGCCGUGGCGGAAGACCACGAGGAAAAGAAGGGCGACGGCUUAUGCAAAGUGUUCACCAAGAUAUUGUUCUCGCACAUUGGCCUCUGCGCCAUGGUGGUGGCGUACAGCGUGGCGGGAGGUUUCAUCUUCGAGCACCUCGAGCGCGAGAACGAGAAGGCGAUCUGUAUAGAGUCUGAGGACGAAUACACGCCAAUGCAAGAGGAAACCUUGAACAACCUGAAGAAGGUGAUCCUCGAGAACAACCUCAACACAGACGCCAUGAUGAUACAGAUGAAGUCCAUCCUGCAGACGUUCCGCAACAACUCGCUCGCCAUUGGCUAUGACGGCAAGAACUGUGACGCCUACGGCGAGCCGAACGGCCCCGUGUACCGGUGGAGCUGGGCAGGGUCGCUGAUGUUCUCUGUAACAGUAAUAACCACCAUCGGUUACGGUCAUAUCGCGCCGAAGACAUUCUGGGGCCGCCUGGUGUGCAUUGCGUACGCGCUGCUCGGGAUCCCGUUGAUGCUGCUGUGUCUAGCGAACAUCGGAGACGUCCUCGCCGACAUCUUCAGGUUCGUCUACACCAAGAUCUGCUGCUGUGGAUGCUGCAGACGCAAGCCAAGGAACAUAGUUGUGCAGAUGAAAUCCUCCUCUGAGGAGCCGGAAGUGGCAUGGAACGACAGGACGAGGAUCAUACCUAACGCCCGGCCACCCCAGAGCACGGAGUUCUCAAAGAUCCAGCACGACCAAUCGAAGUCUACGAUCAAGACUUUAGAUAUAAAAGCAUUGAACAAAGCUGACCUCGCAAAUCGAAACAUGGCUAUUCGGAACCAGCCGAUGAUUAUCGAUGACGACAGCGAUGACGAGGACGAUGACCUCGACGAGAAGAAUGCCACGGUGCCCCUCACUGUUACUCUGCUUGUCAUCUUCGGCUACAUUAUGGGCGGAGCCGUGCUGUUUGGUCUGUGGGAGGGCUGGGACACGUUGCAGUCCGCAUACUUCUGCUUCAUCACCCUGAGUACCAUAGGGUUCGGCGACGUUGUGCCGGGUACCGACUUUGACAGCCCGCAGGCGUCGGCGCAGCUGAUUCUUGGAGCUAUUUAUGUAUUGUUUGGAAUGGCCAUUCUGUCCAUGUGCUUCGCUCUCAUGCAAGACGAAAUCAUCGCAAAAUGCACUUGGAUUGGUCAGAAGUUGGGCAUUGUCGAGAAAGAGGCCGAGGACUAAUGACUGACGUAUGUUACGGACAAGUUGGAAUGAUGGGCAAACGUGCUGAUUUUGGUUAUAGUCAACAUAACGUCGUAGAAGUUUAAUCGAUUCAGCGAAAAAAAUCUUUCUUUUCAACGUAUUUUUUAAAAACAAUGUCAUUUUGUUGAUGUAUUGUUUAACUUUUUUUUUUGUUCUAACGUCGGAUUAUGAAAAUAUGUGUUGUUUGGUCCAAUUUGUCGUUGAAUUUAAUAUGUUUGAUCCUUGCUGUUUCUUAGAAAUGAUUUUCAUAUAUCGACUUUUUUUAUAUAAAUUUAGGAGUGUUUUAUGAUGUCGUAGAAUAUACAUAUCAUUGUCCUUACGAACAUUUGUUGUUCAUCAUACUAUUUGAAACGUGACUGUUUGAAGUUGACGUCUUUUUCAUUCCAAAAUAGAUCUAACUCUUGAUAUUUGUUGUCUAUAUUAUUGUAAAAAGAAAUUUCAUUACUUGUUAUUUGUCUUGCUCAAGAAACCGUGGGGUGUUUGCGAUUAAACUAAGUAUCCUUUACAUGUAUCCGUUACAAAAUUGCUGUUUAUGUGUUUAAAUCAUCGUUAUUGGUUUACUUCAUGAUUUUUUUCCUGGUUUUAAAGAAAUACAUGUUAUCGUUAUUAUUUGCAGUUAUACUAAAAUACACUAAUUAGAAUUGUAAUAAAAAAAGCAAAACAAUGUUCAUGUUACUAUUUCGCUAUUUAUCUUUUAUAUCACUAAUUUCAUAUCUCGAGGGGUGAACGGAAGACUGUUGUAACUCAUAUUAAAUAAAGAAGGAGAUACUGCAGUUUCCGUUCAGCCCUCUAUCUGUCACUUAAGUUUCCUGAAAAUAAUCUAGUACAUAUGUAUACGUUUUGCUCGAUAGAUGCUAUAAAGGUAUAUGAAAACA